GGGGCCGCGGCGGGUUUGGGGGGCGGAGAGGAAGAGGAGGGAGAAAGGGAGGAAGAGGAGGAAAAGGCGGAGGAGGCGUGGUGGGGCUGCCGGGCCGGGCCAUGGGGCAGCGCCGCGGCGGCUGAGCGGUGUCCAAGAUGCUGCAGGUGCCGCUGCCGCUGGAUCGGGACGGGAUCCUGUUCCGGCUGCGUUUCACCACGCUGGCCCUCGGCACUGUGUUCUGCCCCCUCUUUGGCUUCCUCUUCUGUGUCAUCUGGUCUCUGCUCUUCAACUUCCACGAGACCACUGCGACCCACUGUGGGGUGCCCAACUACCUGCCGUCCAUCAGCGCGGCCAUCGGGGGCGAGACCCCGCAGCGCUACGUGUGGCGCCUGUGCAUCGGCCUGCACUCGGCGCCGCGCCUCCUCGUGGCCCUGGCCUACUGGAACCACUACCAGAGCUGCCACUGCCCGCACCCCCGCUACCUGCGCCUGUGCCACGCCACCCUGCUGCUCAACCUGCUCGAGAACUUCGCCCUCCUCAUCCUCACCUACGUGUCCUCCACCGAAAACUAUGCAAUCCACGAAAAUGCCUUCAUCGUGUUCAUCACGUCGGCCCUGGGCCACAUGCUGCUCACCUGCAUCCUCUGGAGAAUGACUAAGAAACACACAGUAAGUCCCGAGGAGCGCAAGUCGUACAAGUGGAAGCAGCUGCUCUUCUUCUUCACCUUCAUCACGUUCGCGUUCGCCGUGUGCGUUUACUUCCACCACAACUGGUACUGCGGCCCUGGAGUGUACACUGUCUUCGCCUUCCUGGAGUACCUGGUUGUGCUCUCCAACAUGGCCUUCCACAUGACUGCCUUCUGGGACUUUGGCAACAAGGAGCUGGUGGUGAGCUCGCUGCUGGAGGACAAGCACUUCUAGCCAGCCCCGCUGCUGGGGCUCCUCCUC